AAAAGUUAUCAUUUAGUUUGCGUAUUGAACGCCAGAUGUCAUGUCAAAUGUGAUAUCAAUGGAUGUAUUGAUAAUAAAAUGGUUGACAAUUGAUGUCCAAGUGAUGGCACAAAUCAAUGAUAAUUUGUUGUUUAAGACAUAAAUGACAAUACAAUAGAAAUAAUUGAUGGGUUUGUUUGAUGGUUGUUGUGGUCGUCAGUGUUGUCCAUCACUUUGUUUCCGUCCAAAAGCCGAUACAUUGACAUCACUAGACCUGAGCCAUCACUGUCUUCAAGACGUCCCAAACAAUGUCUUUUCACACGAGCGUACUCUUGAAGAUCUGGUUUUAGACGCCAAUCAAAUCAGGGAUUUGCCCCGAGCAUUAUUUCAUUGCGAAGGUUUGCGUCGAUUAGGUUUAGCCGACAAUGAAUUGCAAUCGAUUCCAAGUGCGGUGUCAUCGCUGACCAAAUUAGAAGAGUUGAAUAUCAGUAAAAACAAUAUCUUACAAAUCCCUGAUAGCAUCAAGUCUUGUAAGUGCCUUAAAGUAGUCGAUGCAUCCAUCAAUCCAUUGGGUCCACGACUUCCCGAUGGCUUCACUCAAUUAAUUAAUUUGCAAGAACUUUAUCUCAACGAUGCAUUCCUCGAGUUUCUUCCCGCCAACUUUGGCCGUUUAUCGCGUUUACAAAUUGUUGAAUUGCGUGAAAAUCAUAUCAAAGUCUUACCAAAAUCUAUGUCCCGUUUGAUUGAUUUAAGACGUCUAGAUAUCGGACAAAAUGAUUUUCUGGAGUUUCCCGAAGUUAUCACAAAUUUGCCCAAAUUAUCGGAACUUUGGUGUGACUGUAACCGCAUUAUUUCGAUACCAAAUUCAAUCGGUAAUUUAAAAGAGUUGACAUAUAUCGACGCCAGUUAUAAUAAAAUUGAAGAAAUAGCUUCAGAUAUCUCCGAGUGCUAUGAGUUAACUGAUCUGACUUUUACAUCCAAUAAGUUAACAGAACUACCGGAAACUAUUGGCAAUUUGACUAAUUUAAAGAUCUUAAGAGUUGAUGAAAAUGAUAUCUCAUUACUUCCCUCUUCUAUUGGAAGUCUAUCAAAUAUAGAGGAAUUAGUUUUUAAUGAUAAUCAAAUUGAGAGCCUUUCGAGUAAUAUUGGAUUACUUCGCAAUUUACAUACAUUAAUCUGUGACACCAAUAAGCUAACUGAGCUGCCCGUGUCUAUCGGUAGUUGUAUUAGUCUUAGAAUAUUAUCGUUGGCUAAUAAUCUGCUUAAAGUGAUUCCCGACGAAUUGGGACGACUUUCUUCUUUAAAAGUUCUUAAUUUGAACUCUAAUUGUUUAAUGUAUUUACCGCUUUCACUGACAAAAAUAUCAAAUCUUCAGGCAUUGUGGUUGAAUGAAAACCAAACAAAACCAUUAAUACAAUUGCAGUCAGACAUCGAUAAGGAAAGUGGUCAGAAGGUAUUGACAUGUUUUUUAUUGCCUCAAAUUUCCAAUGAAAAUCACCGCAAUUCAAUAAAAGAUAUAAUACCAUCAACUGAUGAAAAUAGUACACUACAUGAUAGACAAUUGAUUAAGUUUUCAAAUGAUGGAAUUGAUGACGAUUUGGACGUUAGAAUAACGACGAAAUUAAUCCGCGCUCCGACUCCUUAUCCUAAGGAACUAAAAGCUCACGCAAGACAUGCAAGAAAUUUGGCGCUCAAACAAAAAGAUGGCAAUAAUUUAGUGCCGAUAGUCAGUGCAAAUGGUGGCGAUAAUCAUAACAAUCAUGUUUCAGAAAAUGAUGAACAAAACAAUAGAUCUGAAUGCGAUUUAAAGUCUAGUCAUUUUGAAUUAAAAGACACAAAAAUGUCAAAAUCUCCAUUAAAUUUAAGGCAUUCGACAACCAGUGAAGUCGCCAAACGUCCGACUACUUUACCCAUAACUUCUUCAUUUAACAAUCAAAACAAUAAAACAUUAAUUAAAAACGAACUGGAUUCAGAAGAGAUCGAAUUKGUUGGCACACAGAUUGCAAAACUAAUGGAACACAAAGAUUGUGGUGACUAUAGAACUGUUGGGAAGACGGGUCACGAACGCAAAAGUAGUUACAAAGUGGCGGUCAAUAGUUCUGCGAGUUGUUUGAAAAGUCCUGUCGAAAGAAAAAUCAAAUCGAAAUCUUUGUCUAUUAUUAAAGAUGAUUCUGAAAGAGGAUAUAAAAGCGAUAUUGAAAUCUACGCUUUGGACAGAUCGUCGACAAAAUACAAAACUGAUUAUACAAGUGAUUGUGAACUAAAUUCAAGUCGUUUGUCGCGACAAAAACAAACGGUGCCUCAAGAAUGUGAUUCAAAUAAGAAGAAGCCUUUUGAAUCCAAUAACGAUUUAGAUAUAAACUGUGAUUCUAUAAUAAACAGUCAGUCGACUGAUAUGACAAACAUUCCACAAACCGAUUAUCUCUCAAAUGAUCGGAUAAUUGAUUCUUCAGAUGUUGUAAGUGAUAGUAAUUCACAACAAAUCUCAUCACAAAGUAAUUUAAACUUAACUCAAAAUAUUAAUAAACAAAAUUAUGACAAAACUGAUGAACCAAUUAAUGCAAUUGAUGUCAAUUCAAAUUCAUCUCUGAAAUCAUAUCCAUUUAUAGGAAGCGAACGAUCUUUAUCAGUAAACUCGGGUCACUUGCCUUUUAACGGCAGUACAGCCACUGAUAACAAUGGUGUCAGUACUAGUCAUUAUACUUCAUCACGAGUUACAACCACUAACAUUAUAAAUAAAAUAUCAUCUUUACCUCACAAACCUCUCAACAAUAAUUCUACUCAACUGGACUCGCAAACGACAGCAUCUGUUGUGUCCAAUGCUCGUCAAAGACAACCACCAACCGCUUCGUCACAAUUUAUAAUUAAUAAAUUUUCGCACGACUCAUAUACUCAAUCAAAAGCAUCAAACGGUCACAAUUCAAAYACAUUGUCUUCAUUGGAUGAAAGCCACAACAACUGGAAUAUUAAUGGAAUAGAUUUUAUUGAUGACUCUACUGAAUCUUCAAAGGGUUCUAACGGUUCCAUUGGUUCCAAUUCAUGUGAUCUGUUAAAUACAGUUAAUAAUAAUUUAACUCAUAGUAACCGAUAUAAUGCUACAAACAAUUUACAAGUUUUUCCCGUAAUAAUUGUUAAGAAUCCGGGUCUCGGUUUUAUCUUUGACUGUUAUUCAAAACAAUCAAAUGAAUCGACUGGAUUGUAUGUGUCGUGUGUAGAACCGGCCGGUUCUGCGAGUACUGCACUGAAGGUCGGCGACAAAAUACUUCAAAUCGAUGGCAUAGAUGUUCAAAAUGUGACCAAAGAUAAGGCCAAUUAUAUAUUUGAAUCAACUGGAGAUACAAUUUCUCUAAUCGUUUUGAGAGAUAAAUCUUAAUUUUAAUGAUUUCAAUUUUUGAAUAACGUUUUUACAUACAUUUUAUUAAACCUACAAUUGUGUUGAUUUAAUGCUUUAGAGAUAAUUUAUUAUG